CGCACGGGGAGGAGGCUGAGGUGGCGAUGGCGGAUUUUGAUCCUUACGACGAUCGGGCCUACAGCAGCUUCGGCGGCGGCCGGGGGUCUCGUGGUGGUGGCCUUGGUACUCGCAAACAGAAAGAGCUGCCAACAGAACCCCCUUUCACAGCAUAUGUGGGAAAUCUCCCCUUCAACACUGUUCAAGGUGACAUAGAUGCCAUCUUCAAGGAUCUCAGCGUAAGGAGUGUACGACUAGUCAGAGACAAGGAAACGGACAAAUUUAAAGGAUUUUGUUACGUAGAGUUCGAUGAGGUGGAAUCACUCAAGGAAGCUCUUACAUAUGAUGGUGCACUUUUGGGUGACCGGUCACUCCGAGUGGACAUAGCAGAAGGCAGAAAACAGGAUAAAGGUGGCUUUGGCUUCAGAAAAGGGGGGCCUGAUGACAGAGGAAUGGGAGGAGGUUCCAGAGAGUCCAGAGGAGGUGGAUGGGAUUCCAGAGAUGACUUCAAUUCUGGAUUCAAAGAUGAUGACUUCUUGGGAGGCCGGGGUAGAGGGACCCGCCCUGGAGACCGGCGACCCCCAGGUGCCUCCAUGGGAAGUGGUGGCACUGGCCGCUUCAGAGAUGGGCCUCCCCUUCGUGGGUCUUCCAUGGACUUCAGAGAGCCAACAGAAGAGGAAAGAGCACAGCGACCCCGACUUCAGCUCAAACCUCGAACAGUUGCUACUCCCCUCAAUCAAGUAGCCAACCCCAACUCUGCUAUCUUCGGUGGAGCCAAGCCCCGAGAGGAAGUAGUAAAAGAGCAUGACUGAGUUUGGGGUUGAGAGGGAAUGGGGAGGCGGGAGAAAAAGCAAGACAGUACAGAGUGACUAGCUCUGCUGGAAUGUCAACCCUGCAGUUUACCAUUCCUACCAUCGGGUAUUUGUCCUCUUUGAAACUGAAAAUACAGAGCUUGUGAAUGCAUGUCAGCUGUUAACAAGUGGUUUUUAGUACGUUCUUGGCUUUGCUGUAUCUAGUGCCCGCUUUGUGCUGAGUUGCCCUCUUCUGUUUCCUUCCAAGCAGCACACUUGCCAGUAGAUAAGGCAGUGUAGCUGCUUCCACGAGUGUGGAGGUCUCUGGACACAGGUGCUGCUUCACUUCUUCCUUUCUGGGUUUGUUUUACUUUAGAAGCACAGGUUAGACUUAGUUACUUCCCUGUAUUGUUUUGUUUUGCUUCCUCAGUGCUCCUCUUCUGACCUGCAUGUCUCGUUCUGUAUUGCUGUGGCUCUGAAGAGGAAAACUGGAGAGUCCAGAUGAGUUGAACAGAGAAAUUUACAGUUCUAACCAAGUAGUGAAAUACCAUUUCUGACAACUGGUGAUGGUGUUACUGGAUGCAGCAGAGCCUCUGGUAAAACCAAGGGGACUGCUGCCCUUUCGCACAGGCUGCCAAGAAGUAUCAAUUUAAUAGAUGGAAAUAAAAUUGGCUAACACGGGGCCUGGUGAGUAGGUGGUAGAAUCACAAUGGGUAAAGCAUCUGCCAGCAGACUCUUGCUGGUGGCUCUUGACAUGGAAAUGGUAUGGUACUACACCUCUGCUCAAGGUUAGUCCUGCAAAACUGUGCCUCUUUGAGCACAACAGCUCACUGGCUCUUUCUGCUUACUUUUUUGGGUUUUACAUGUUUGGGAAAUUUUUAAAUGAAGUUUCUACAAAUAAAAAUGGACUUUUUUAUUUUUGUUUAAGGAGUAUAUACUUUGCCAUGCAGUAUGUAAUCAUCGUUAGCCCUUUGUAUUUCUUUGCCCAGUGGUGUACAGUUUUAAGACCUCUGCUUUCAAAAUAACUUGAAAAUGGGCAGAUUAGAAAUCAUUCUGCUAUAGAUUCUCUUCAUGUAGAAGUUUGAGUAAAAAGCAUCUCUGACUGCUGCAUCUCUCUUCACUUGAAAUGUUACUUAUCAGUGUUGUUGGGAGGUGGGAGGUGAGGCUGGAGCGAAAGGAGAGAGACCAUUAAUGUUUUAAAACCACAACCUGAAUCUACAACACUGAAGUGUGGAUGUGUCCAGUGCAUGAGAGACACUUGGGCCCCUAAUGCUAGUGCUGACAGCUUUCAGAUAAAACAGCUGGCACACCAGAGUGCUUGCAAGAGGAGUUUGGAAGCAUGGCUGCUUCACUGCCAGCGUCACUGGCUCGUGGUGAAUUCCUUCCCUAAAGGUACCUUUAAUGUCAGAGUCCCAGCAAUUUCCAGAACUACUCUUUUCCUUCCUUCUGCUGCCUGUCACUUAAUCUGCUUCUGAGAUAAGAACCAUUUGUCUAACACUAAUACUUAAGACAGACAUGCAUUUGUGUGGUUGUAUUCCAAACCAAUAAUUGACCUAUUUACAUCUUCAAUGUGGAAAAGAUUUUUAAGAACAAAUUCCCCAUCUAAAAACUCACCUCUAGUCACAACUGUUGACUUUUAAAUGUAAAAACAAAACCAAGAAAAAAAAAAAAAGGAAAAAAAAAAAUUCCAAACACUUAACACAUUCUGCUUCGUAACAAAAGAAAUUUAUGGA